UUAGUGUUUUUGGAUGUAGUUCGUUACCGGGACCACUGCGUUUUUGUAAAGAAAGAAGAUAACUAGGUAAAUGAUAUGUUUUUACCUGAAGCAGGAGCAAAUUAGGAACGAAAUUAAACAGGAAUGACCCUCGUGUAUUGCGUGAAACGUAUAAAAAUCAAAUUUUAUCGCCCGUUUUUUGAUGGCGCUCCGCCAUCUUGGGUGAGGACCUUCUGACCUAACCCGAGGCACAGUCUCGACGCCCGCACCGCCUACUGCGUGCCUGGGGGGGGCGGCGCCCCCCCCAGACCCCCCCCCCAAUCUGUAGAACCUAACUUAACCCAACCUCACUAAAGUGAGGCGAUUUAGCCCAAUUCUCUUGCAAGUUUCGAAUCCGUUAGGCUUAGCAUUCCCGUGUUUCUCCUGUGCUAAAAGUGAAUCAGAUGGGGUUGUUGAAAUGCCUAUAAAAAAACUUCUAGUCCACAGAAUUUUAUAAUUCUUACCUUUUUCGAUUCAGUAUAUGAACUUCUUUCACUUCUACGCAAUAUUUACCUUUCAAACGCUUUCACAAAUUUUUAAAAACGAGUGGUCCCGGUAACGAACUACACCCGUGUUUUUGUACAAGCGGUGGAGGUCCUACGGGAGAUGCUGCUUUCGUUGAUUUUCAUCAUCACCAUCCUACGCAUUUUCAUAGGAGCUGUUGCUGUCGUCUGCUAUGGUAGUGGUGGUGAAACAUUUAUUCUCACACUUCCGCUCUUGGCCAUUUCCUCUAUUUCGAAGAAAUGGCCGCCUCCAUGAGUCAACUCGUACAAGCAAAACAGAGGAUUGCCGAAGCUCUCGGAGACAAAUUUAAGGCGUAUCUCAACGCAUUGAAGCUGUGGUUCAACCAUAAACUUACGAAAGACGAGUUCGACAUCGAAGCCAGAAAGAUUCUCAGCUCCGACGCAAUACACAUACACAACGAGUUCCUUCUGGCAUUGUUCAACAAGUGCCAAAGCGCGUGCAACACCCAAUCUCGAGAAACACCAUCAGCUGUCAGCUCUCACAUCCGAGAAAAGUUGAGAAAGGGAAAGCUGAAAGCCAAGACAAGACCAGUGCGGAUAACGUUUGAGAAACGUUUUGUGCCUGCACAGUCUACCAAGCACAUUCCCCAUGCCGUAGCGAGGGAAGUUCCAGACAGUGGCCAGAAGCUCAGUUUCUGCUCGCGCGAGCACACGCUUCCCGAUGCUCUCAUGGUGAACGGACGGAUGUUCGUUAUAGCGUGGGACAGCGGGCUGGACGCAGUGGACGACGCGGCCGUACAGCUCGUCAUGACCGCAGUUCAGAUGCAGGUAAAAAAUAUCCUAAUGGCAUUGUUUAGCCGGAGGAACGCGUACAAGAUUAGAGAAGGGCGAUUCCAGUACGCUGUUGGCUGUGCUCCCCCCAACCCCUACCUCCAAAAUUCCAAGAAUGUGUCCAAUUUCACGUCUCAGAGUCACGCCACUUGGGUGUCUGCGACUGGGGAACAUGUUCCUUACAUCGUGCCUACGGUAGACUGGGCUGAGAGUGAGGCAGCACUUGAAGCCGCGUGUGAUCCAGUAUCACGUCCUCGUCUUCCCCCAGCAUCGCCUUUUGACCUCGUCGAAGCUCUCAAGGUCCACAAAGGCAUUAUCCCAUCACAUACUGUGUAUGCCAAGAACAUGGAGAGGGCACUCGCCACACUGUGGCAUCCCAGUCACGAAGAGCUGGAACAGGAGGACAUCCACUCGCAAGAAGAAGCCAUCAAACGCAAGCUUAUAGCUGAACAACAGGCUGUGAUGUGGUGAUGUACAUUAUUGUAUAGAAUUUUUAUGUAAAUAGACGAAGGACGUUUUU